AAUCAGGAAAAUUACGUGACCUUAAUUUAUGCAGUGUGUCUCGAACGUUUUGCUAUGGAAAAAAAUUAUUUUGACAGUAAUGGUAUUUACUGUUUAAUCAGAACGUACAAGUGCAUUUGAUAGAUAUGAACUGCUUCUGUAGAUAAAGUGAAAAUCAUGACAUACGAAGAGCAGAACGGUUCUUUAAGAUUAUUCCUCAGCAAGUAUUCACUGGACGAAAUCCUGAAGUUGUGCACCGUUUGCACAGCAAACCGAUCACUGGACAUUAUGGAUACGGUUCUUUUGGAAGAACUUGCACACCGUGUACAGCUGGCACCUGAUCGGCUUAGAGAUAUGUAUAUCCACGUGAUGAACGAAGCGCCGUCUCUCCUUGAUUUGAUUUCGCCAUCGGAUCCAAGGAGUAUCGUUGUAAUUACUCCUCCAGUGAAAACGUGCACGGAAGGCUGCGUGUACCAGAGGGGCUCUAAAACAGGUCUACCUUUGGAACUCGGUCUUCAUAAUAAGCCAGCUUGGGGCACACUGCACGACAUUAACGGAAUGAGCCGAUCUUUCGUUCGCCUAUCGUAUAGAUGUCCAACCUGCCGUAGUAUAUACAAGUACGACAUGUUUCAAUCCAAAAAGGAUGGCAAAUACCGCUUUUACGAGCACGAACGAACGCAUGUGCGCGUGACCCAGACAACUUAUUGGUCUAGAACGUUAUGCAAAUUCUUAGUAGAAAGCGUAUUGCAUUGCAAAGCGUCUUUCAACGGGUUCUGCGAAACGUACCUCGAGACAUACGGAAAAGCUGCCGGAUUUGAUGUACAGAACGUGUCCGAAGCGUUUUUCCGCUAUGAAACGGAAAAUGAAGUUCGGGAGAAUAAUUUGCUUUAUUUCGGGUUCUCUUCGGACAAGGACGUUGAGCAAGCUUUUCCUGAACUCGACAAACUUCGAUGCGAGCGUCUAUACCCUCAUGUCUGCCAUCCGGCGUGCGCUUCCAGAGGUGAACCAAAAAUGCAGCCAGUUCGGUCACGAGGAUACAUAUUUGUGGUGCGAGCGGGUGGUCACAUCGACAUGUUCUCUCCUAUAUAUAAGUCUGAGUCUCCAUCCCAGGUAUUCCUUAUACUGAUUUCUUGGAUGUAUCAGGUCUUACAAACAGUUCCCUCAUGCGACUGGCCAAAACUUUUUUUGGCAUAUGAUAACAUGUGCAAUCUGGAGCGACUGAAAGCCACUUCAAAACUUUCGCUACCACCGCCAUAUGACGAGCUUUGGACCAAGGGGAUGACGAAAGUAAUCGACGGCUUCCACUUGGGCAACCACAAAGGCCAUAAAUGCCACACAAAGUACAAUCCAGACCAAAUCCGGGCGGCCUAUCCCAACCUGCUCAGUGCUAAUACACAGAGUUGUGAGCAGACAUUCCGUUGGCUGGGAGCAUUCCAGCAUGCUAUGUUCAAAAUGACUAAGUACCGUCAACUCUUCUUUCUACACAGGAUCGCUAAGCGCAGAAACUUGUAUCUGGAAAAAGUUGCAGCCAGUACGCGCUCUGACUCAUGA